AGAAACCCCCUUUUCAGAAGCCAGAUACACGACACAACACCACCACCAGUGGUGUUGCUUCCCAUCCCAAGUUCCUUGUCCUAUUACCAUGCCUGCCCCCGUAGCGGUUUACGUUGUCGCUGCGAUUGGGACUGUGGCAGCUGCCAUCGCCUUCAAAGAGUUUAUCUACGAGCCACACAUCGCACCCAAGGUCGAGCGAUGGGCUGAAGAGUUUCUCGAGAAGCGGCGUGCGAAGAAGGCGGCUGCUGCGGCCCGCGUUGCAGUCCCGGUCUUCGUGCGCAGCGAAACUGAGACGGACAGUCUCAUCAACGCGAGGGAUAACGACGGAAAGAGCAUGUACGAGCUCGAGAAUCGCUCUGACGAUGGGGUGCGGCAGUGGAGGAGUCAAGUGGGCUCUGCGCCCUCCGCAGGCUUGAGACAUAGGAAGCCGAACGAGGCAUCCAGUCUUCCCUCUAGAGACCCUACUCUGAUGUACUCGCCCAUGUCGCCGUCCGCCACUCACGUUCUAUUCGACCACAGUGAUGCACUGACGAACGACUCCUCCCCCGCUUCGACCUCGACUCUGAGCAGCCGCGUUGCCAGCCCCUUACCCCACAGCACGCUAUUUCAGACCCCGCUCCGGGCCCCACCACCUCCCUUGAUGCCUUUAACGCCGGAACCGUCUGUCCGCGGACUACCCCGGGGUAGCUCACUGCUCCCAUCACCGGUGCAGACCCCGCAGCCUGUCUCUCCGCAGCACGUCGCCCACUCUCUAUCCGACUCUGCGCACACCAGCGCACACUCGCCGUACCAGGUGCCCAGUCUCUCCCUUUCGCACCCACUCGAUCUCGACUCGGAGCAUGAUCUGGAGCUGCUGUCAGCCCCUGCGUCAUCGCGUCCUGCCUCUCCCUUUUCUGAAUUGUCCGUAUCAGGAGAGGACUCCCAGUACCACUCCUUCCACUCUUUCGGCGCGACGAUGACGUCGCCGCCCAACGAGACGGCGGACGACGACCUGGAGCGAUGGAGCAGUGCGGGAAGUGAGGUUUCGGGCUCAAGCUGGGAUAGUGUCGACCGAACCCGGUGAUAUCUCGCAUUGCUUCCAAUCGCUAUCAGUCACUCCGAUCUCUCGUGUCAUAUACGCGCAACUGCCUUCCUUUCCUCUCACCACUGUCCAUCAAGCUUGUCUACAUCCUGCCUCUGUAUAUCUGCAACAAAUGUAAUGUAUAUAAAUCGUUCAUCAACCACCUGCACUCUCCGCUCAGCGAAAACACGUGGGAUUUGGCAGCUCUGAGGCAAGCGAAGCAAUCAACGCGGCGAGAUACCUACUCGAGGACGGGUCGUUUCUGCCCCAACGGGUUGUAUGCCCGGACUCGAGAAUAAACAACCACGAUUAGCACAUCCUCUCGGAUCGGAUGCCUCCGAGAACUCGGCGUCGACAAGAUGAACCCCGGGCAUGAGUUUAGUAGUUGACGCGAGUGCAGUCGCUCGGGACCUUCCUUGAUACUCGAUACAAGUCCGGGGACGCGUCUUAUGAAGGGAGCCAUAACAUGGCACAGCAUGAAAACAUGCCUAGAAAACGUGUCCUCCGCCGAGACAGCUAGCCUUGAGCUCUGACAUUGAGAAUCACGAUCGUGCGGUGCGAAGUCACUUCGAAGGACGGCGGCACGCUGGUGGCAGGGACAAUCCAGUGCAUAUCAAUGAGCGUGGGACGCAGGUGCUCGUGCCAGUGAUGGACCAAGAGUUGCCAGGAAGGAUCGCAGAUAUAAUGCUUACUGACAGAAAACGCUGACACACCGCUGGGACGUGCGCCGAUCUGGAAUCGGGUACAGCUAGCAAGACGAACUCGGAUCUUGGCUUGUGUUUCCGAAUCGGAGGCAGGCAGAGUAGCUUUGAGGUAUGGAACGAGCGCAUCUGUAGGCUCGCCGUCGGACAGGACGGCACAACAGAGCGAGAUUCUUAGCGACACACGGCAUGCCGCAAAAGCAGCCACAGCAGAUGGAGUAAAAAGAUUUCGUGAGAUAUUCCUGGCUGUAUAGCACCGUGAGGAUGAG